AUUCCAUGAAAGACGGACCGCGAACACCAGAGUGUGCCUGUGCCCUCCUCGCUCCCUCCGUUUGGCAAAGCUUUGAGACGCUGAUUUGAUGCCCCAUGUUGCAACAUCGCCAACAUCGAAAUGAAUAAAUUAUACGAAAGUGAAAUCAAUUUGCAUUAGGGCCGCCGACUAGCGAAUGGCCCCCACUCGCACCCCAAGACGAGCGUGUGGAGGAGGAGGAAUCCUGCAGUACUGUGCCAAGAAGUGUGGCAAGUGAGGGGGGCUGACAAAUUACAUUACAGUGUCAGGCAAGGGCGAGUGACAUCAGGCAUCAGGCAUCUGGCAUCAGACCUCUGCCUGCGACGCAUGUGAGGACGUGGACGUGGACCUGGAGCUGGAGACUGGAGACCUCGCGCCUCACCUGCCAGCCGCCGCCUGACAGUUGUCGACGGGACACGGGUCGGGACUGUGGCGUCUUAGGUGCCCGCUGCCCUGCCUCCCUCCCCCGUUCUCGGUGGUGACCUGUGAUCUAGCCCCGGGGGCUAGCUUUUGACAGCUUUGACAGGAUUUGUCAGUCAGCGUCAGCCCGCAGAAGUAUGCUACGCAGCUGCGUGUGCCUGCGAUCCGACGAGGACGGCAAGCGGCGCGGCUCCUCCGUCGAAGACGCCUCGUCGUGCCGCUCAUCGGAAAUAGAGCGCGUGGGUGCCAGCAUGCAGACGCUGGGUCCGAGCGGGCAGCCCCAGUCGGUGGCCGCCCAGACGACCACACGGGCCUCCAGUCUGCUGCAGUUCUUCCACAGGAAAGGUUGGUGCAAGCACUUUCGCAAGCCGCUGCGGGGAAUGAGCGCCUCCCGGGCCGAGAAAACGAUUCUCAUGGACCCGAGCCAGAAAGACGACGACACCCUCCGUCUCCGUCACCGUCAAACCGAAGGAACACCACCAGAGAAAGCCCCCAUGACUUGUUGGGCCGUUGCUAUCAGAGCGGCUAUAUUUAUCCAGAAAUGGUAUCGCAGGCAUCAGGCACGUCGCGAAAUGAUGAGGCGCUGCAAUUGGCAGAUAUUCCAGAAUCUAGAGUACGCCAGCGAACAGGACCAGGCUGAGCUGUACAAAUUCUUCAAUGACCUCAUCAAACAUAUGCCCCAGGCCGCGGGCAGGAAAAAUCAACAUCAUGGCGAAUCCAUAAUUUCCCUUCUGGACGAAAAGGACGAUAUGAUGGAUGAGCUCGGGGAUACUGUGAAUGCCAAAAUAGAGAUGCCAAUUCGAAAGAGUCACAUUGAUCUCCUGAUUGACGUCUUCCGCAAGAAACGGGGCAACCGAUUGCAUCCGAAAUAUGUGGCGCUGAUCCUGCGCGAGGGUGCCAAGUCCCUUAAGCAGUUGCCGAACAUCUCCAUGGUGUCCACUGCUGUGUCGCAGCAGGUCACUGUCUGUGGCGAUCUGCACGGAAAACUCGACGAUCUUCUUGUGGUGCUGCACAAGAACGGUCUUCCUUCAUCUUCCAAUCCUUAUGUGUUCAACGGGGACUUUGUGGAUAGGGGCAAGCGGGGACUGGAGGUGCUGCUGUUGCUUCUGUCUCUGUAUCUGGCAUUUCCCCAGGCGGUUUUCCUGAACCGCGGCAAUCACGAAGACAGCGUCAUGAAUGCCCGCUAUGGAUUCAUUCGCGAAGUGGAGGGCAAGUACCCCCGGAACCACAAGCGACUGCUGGCUAUCAUAGACGAGGUCUACAGAUGGCUUCCACUAGGCUCCGUUCUCAACAGUCGAGUGCUGAUCGUCCACGGUGGCAUUUCCGACAACACCAGCUUGGACCUCAUCAAGAGCAUCGAUCGGGGCAAGUACGUAUCCAUUCUGCGACCACCGCUCACAGACGGCGAGCCUCUGGAUAAAACCGAAUGGCAACAGAUCUUCGAUAUCAUGUGGAGCGACCCCCAGACCGUGAUGGGAUGCGUUCCAAACACACUGCGAGGUGCUGGUGUUUGGUUUGGCCCCGACGUCACCGAGAAUUUCCUGCAGCGCCACCGACUCAGCUAUGUCAUACGGUCCCACGAGUGCAAGCCCAACGGACACGAGUUCAUGCAUGACAACAAGGUAAUCACAAUCUUUUCGGCAUCCAACUACUAUGCGAUUGGCUCCAAUAAGGGCGCCUACAUACGACUCAACAACCAGUUGAUGCCGCAUUUUGUGCAGUACAUAUCGGCGGCCUCGCAGUCGAAGCGUCUGUCCUUUAAGCAGCGCAUGGGCAUGGUGGAGAGCUCUGCUCUGAAGGAGCUCGCCGUGAAGAUGCGCGACUAUCGCGAUGAGUUGGAGGAUGAGUUUAAGAAGUUCGAUCCGGACAACACCGGAUGCAUAACCAUUACGAACUGGUGUUAUGUGAUGGAGAAGGUCACAAAGCUGGGACUGCCCUGGCGUCUCCUGCGCGAUAAGCUGGCUCCUGGCACCGACAGCCACAUGGUCAACUAUUAUACCACCUUGGAUCUACUGGAUACGGACGUGAUCCUGGAGGCCGAGGCAGAUGGAACCUCAGUCAUGGACGCUUUGUAUGCGAACAAAGCCAGUUUGGUGGCCAUCUUCAAUAUCAUAGAUGCUGACGAUUCUGGGGAGAUAACUCUGGACGAAUUCGAAACAGCGAUUGAUCUGUUGACGGCACACAUGCCGGGCGCCUAUUCCAAGGAGGAGAUGCUGGAGAAGUGUCGUAUGAUGGAUCUGAAUGGGGAUGGCAAGGUGGAUCUGAACGAGUUCCUGGAGGCCUUCAGGCUGAGCGAUGUGCAAAGGAAGCAGCAACAGGAUGAGAACACACGAAGGCGUUCGGAGGUCAGGGCCUCAACCAAACCCUCGGACCCCGUCACCGAGCUGGCGGAUAGAAUAUCACGGAAUACGGUCAUUGUAGAGCAAGAUAUAGACCCAUCCGACUGCGAGGCUAAAGUAAUCAAACCCAAUAAGGCCUAAAGGCUCCAUCGUGACAUCCAGGGUUAGUCCAUGACUCCGUGGCUCGUGGAAGACCAAAAGAAUCUGUUUAUUUAAACACGAAAUCCCAGGAAAAUUGUUUCUCAUUUACGAAUUAUACUCGUUCAGUUCUCCGCAGCAUUUCUGAAAAUCA